AGCCUAGCCUUUAGCCAACAGAGGCAGAGCCAACCUUCUGUGACCGGGCGCGAAAACAUGGCGUUGUCACCGUCCCCGCGCCCCACAUCCAGGCUCCGGAGUCCUCCGGCCUCCCCCGCGUCCUGCUCCUUUCCGGUUGUCUCCCUGCGCGGCCUCCUCUCGCUCUCCAGCGCCUCUAGGGUUCUCUCUGUCUCCUUCCGGCAUCAACGGCCGCUGGCGUCGACCUUCGCUGGAAGGCCGCUCCUGCUGACGGCUGUGCGGAGCUCCGGAGACCCUGGAGAAGUGAUCGGUGUGGUUAGUGGUGAAGGAACUGAGCAGACACCUGGAGGCUCCACUGGUCCAAGAAAAGAUGGAAAAGAGAUGGCCAAAAGUUUCUCAACUAAAGAGUUGCUAGAAAAACUAAAGAGAUAUGGUGUUGCUGGGGUUCUGUCAUAUGGACUACUUAACACUGUCUACUAUGUGACUGCAUUUUUAUUAGUCUGGUUUUAUUUUGCGCCUGCUCCUGGUAGGAUGGGUUAUGGUGCAGCUGUUGAGAGAUUCGUUAAACUAAUGGCAAUGGUCUGGGCUGGCAGUCAAGUUACUAAGAUUUUUCGAGCUGGAGGGGCCCUUGCUCUGGCUCCUUUUGUUGAGAAAGGGCUGAGAUGGUUCACAGUCAAGUUCAACUUCAAGUCAGAAGGGAAGGCUUUUGCGGUGAUUGUAGGGUUGUGCUUUGCAGUUGCUGCUCUCAUGUUCUUUGGAUUAACAAUACUUUGGGCAUAGAGCAUCUGCUUUCCUUACGCAUAGUUAGGAAUCAUGAAGAGAUGCUGUGGAAUAGAACCUUACUCCAAUCAGUAAUGCAGUGAUCACACUCUACUAAAAAACCUCACCUAAUAUUUCAGUGUGGUUGUUCAUAGCCUGCAUGAAUAUGUAUCUUCAUUGUUAGUUAGUGAUUGCAAACAUCUUGAGUAUACGUAUCCCUGUAAGGUCCUGUUGGACCGUGUGCAGUCAUGAGAAAUUUUGCAAAACAAAACAUGUUUGCUAGUGGAAUUUUUCAAUCCAAGCUUUGAGAUCUGCUAGGAGUAACUUGUAAUAUUACAUAUUGAGCUAAUCCAAAGAUCGAUUUCGAGCUCCA